AAUCAAGUACAGAGAUAGCGCUGUCAGUGCUGUCGCCGCAAAGUAGCAAAAAUUAGGCUACUAUUUGAAAACGCAAGAAGCGUGACAGUUUGUGAUUGACUUUGGGAGCGAAGGAUGAAUAUCAUAUAACCCCGCGACGCUAUUGACGGCAUCUUUAUAGCUGCACCAAUGCUCUCUUUUGGUUUAACGAUAGUCCGUCAUGGUGAGACGCAGUGCAACAAAGAUGGCCUUUUACAAGGUCAGAAAAUAGACUCUCCGCUUUCUGAAAUUGGGAUACAACAGUCUGAGGCUGCUGGUCAGUACCUCAGGGAUGUAAAAUUCACAAACGUGUUUGUCAGUGACAUGAAACGUGCCAGGCAGACUGCAGAGAUCAUUGUGAGGAACAACAGAACUUGUCAUGAUUUAGAACUAGUAGCAGAUCCGUCACUCAAAGAAAGAAGUUUUGGUAUAGCUGAGGGAGGUCGAGUCACAGAAAUGAAAAAUAUGGCUAAAGCCGCCGGACGACCUUUACCAGAGUUCACUCCGCCUGAGGGAGAGACCAUGGAGCAGGUUAAAGUCAGAAUCAAGGAUUUUCUUAAGGCUAUGUUCCAGCGAAUAGCUAAUAACCAUCAAGACGAAAUGCAAGAUGGCGAAACAUCCCUACCAGAUGAAACUGACAAGGCUCCAGCAGGACUUCCAGAUGAUGGUGUCUUGAAUGUGCCGGUCCAUGCCUUGGUGGUUGGCCACGGGGCUUAUAUGAGCAUAGCUAUGAAGUAUUUCUUUGAGGACCUGAAGUGCCCCAUGCCCCGGGGUGUAGAUCCUUCUCAGCGGUAUUCCAUCUGCCCCAACACUGGAAUGUGCCGAUUUCUUAUCACUUUGAAAUGUAGUAAUGCAGAUCCUGCACUUUCAGACGUGAAAUGUGUGUUUAUCAACAGACGAGAUCACAUCAAGACUUAGAUUAAGCAACCGUUUUUUCAAAAAAAAAGUGUUUACAUAAACAUAAGUCAUACUGUAUUCAAGCACUUUACAAGCAGAUUACUGAAUUUUGUGAUAGACAAAACAUAUUUUUGGAAGACAAUAUUUAAAAAAUGUAUCUGAAUCCAAGUUAUUGAUUUCAUUUUAAAUGCUAUAAAAGUAUCAAUUUUAACUAAAUAAAUGUGUCCACCAACUA